AUGAACUACCACUUUACCGCUUUACUGAAUCAAGAUGGACUUGUGACGGGAGGAGUGUCCAUCCCCUGUAACACUGAAAGACAGUGUCCAUCUGUUGCUACCAAUAGCUCAGUAACAACUUGUGAUGGAUCCUCCAAUGCUGGAACACCGGUCUACAUCGACUUCAGUAAAAUAAACAGUCCCUGUACCUGUACUGUGACUCCGGUGAUCAGUGGCGAACUAUACCUAAUGAUCGAGAAAGUAACUGUUAGCUCCUGCACAACGACUAUAAAGGUGGGAAACACACGCAUAUAUACUUGUCCAACAACAGGUGGACUGAGCCUACUCAUUGCCAACGACAGCCAACCAGUCACAGUCACAGCGAGUUAUAAAAAAAAAUACAACACGGGAUCAUUUUAUCAUUGCUUGGGAUUUUUUCAACGAGCAGCUGAUAUUCAAAUAACAUGUGGAUCAAAUUCAACAACAAAUAUGUCAACGUUCUACACCACUUCAACUGAAAUGAUUUCAACCGAAAUCGAAAUGACAAAUUCUCCGACUCAUCAAGACAAUUAUACAACUGUUUCUAAUAAUUCACAAAUAAGGUGUACAGAACCAGCUGAAAAAGAACUGGCACAGAUGGAUGAUGUGUCGAACAUACAUUUACAAAUUCCACUGGUGCUGUUCGUUGUGAUUGCUGUUGUAUCGGUAAUAUUCAACCUAUACCUUUCCAUCAAACUACGACAAAGGUAUGUGCAUGUAUUGUUAUGA